AUGCUGCAGUCAAGACAAGUCUACGGAGCUGUUGCCUACAGCAAUAAAAGCAGUCAACAUCACAAUAAGAACACGAUGAGCCAAUCUACUUUGGAUAGUGAAUUUAGAUUAGAUCUGCUGAAAACGUUUAAUAAUAUGAAUGUAACUUUGAGUUUAGCGACAUGUGAAAUGGAUGAUGCAGUUUCAAGCCUUUCCAGUACUCAUCAUUACGGGGAUAAUACCAUUAGUAAUAAUAAUAAUGAUAAUAAUCAUGAGGAUGACAAUCCUCAUAAAUGUAGUGGUCUGGAUGAUUCAAUCACUUAUACUGUUAACGCCAGUAAUACUACUACGGAUAUUAAUAAUAAUAAUAAUAAUCCACACAAAAGAACUCAGCAUCGAUUAUUUAUUGGAAAAGAGAAAAUCAGAAAUUUUUUCAUAUCUUAUGAAUUUUGGAUUUUUAUUGUACCACUAUUAAUUACAGUGAUAUUUGUCAUAUUCUUAUCUAUUUCCUUUGGUUAUGCGUUUAUCUCAAAUUCAUCAAAAGUGGAUGAGGAUAAAGAACCCUGUGGGAGUCAAAUAAUAUCAUACAAAAAAAAUGAAACAAUCAAUAAAAUCUGCUUAGAACCAAUUGAAACAGGUCCAUGCAGAGCUGCUAUCCCAAUGUUUGCAUUCAAUAAAGAAGAAUGGAGGUGUACAGAGUUUAUUUACGGUGGUUGUCAUGGCACUGCGAAUCGCUUUUUAACACUGAAAGAAUGUGAAGCGGCAUGUCAUUAA